AAUAUAUUUAAAAUCAAAGUGUAAGCUAGCUAUUAAAAUGUGGACAAAACUUCAUUGGAUAUGCUACAUAAUCUGGUCUUUUGGCUGGCUUAAUCAUGCCACUUUGGGCGCCAUACUCGAUUCAAGAUGUUAUUUGGAAGGCGGUGGAUCAGCAGAGAGCUUUCUGGCGACCGAGGACUUGGCAGUGGGAUCCAUUAUCGGUAAACUGCGCAUCAACGGCGAUCCCAAUGCUGAUACGGGCGACAUCAACCUUUCGCUUCGAGAGAAGAAUGCUCCCGUCGAGAUUGUGGCUGGAGGCAAGGAGUUGGCUCUGUCGGUGGAGCUCGACAAGGAGGGCGUGCGAGGUCCAUCUUCCAUCUAUGUGAAUGUGAUUUGUGUCAGGCGGCACUCAACGGACCCAAGCUUCGUCAUUCCUGUAAAUGUGAGGGUAACGGACGUCAAUGAUAAUGCUCCCCAGUGGAUCGGAACACCGUACACUCUAACCUUGUCGGAGGUGACAGUACCAGGAACCCGAAUUCUUCAAGGCGCCCGGGCCGAAGAUGCGGAUCAACCUGGACCCUUCUCCACAGUGGAAUAUCAGGUUCUUCCAGGUCCUUAUUCUGAGUUUGUGCAGUUCCUCAAUCCCCUCGAGGGCACAUUGGUGCUCAAGAAAGCCUUGGAUUAUGAGCAGUUGCAGAAUUUUACGGUGAAGCUGCGGGCGCAGGAUCAGGGCACCCCGCCUCGUCACUCAGACACGUUACUUCGUGUAGUCAUCACAGACGCUGAUGACCAGAAUCCCAAAUUUCAAAGAGAAUCCUACAGCGCCGAGCUUCCAGCGGACGGUCGGCCGGGCGAGCUGCGCAUGCGUCCGGAAUCCCUGAAGGCCGUGGAUCAGGAUGAAGGCAUUUGCGCGCCCAUCCAGUACACUAUAGUCCAGUCGCAGGACGCCAAGUACUUCCGUAUACAUCCGCACAAUGGAGCGAUUAGUUUGCUGACUCCGAUUGGCUAUGCGGAUGUGGCCAACGGCGCCACCUUGGUGGUUAAGGCGACCCAGAUCGACAAUCCCGAUCGUUAUGCCCUGACAACAGUUCAGCUGACCCGACCUGGCAGCCACAGUGACCUCAGCACCCUGGCUUUUGUCCAAAAAAGAUUCGUGAUGCGGAUUCGCGAGGACACGGCGGUAGGCAACAGAAUCCUGGCACUGCCUACCAACAAGCCCGGGAAGCACCUUAAGUACACCAUACCCGAUCCCGUCAACUCUCAGUUUUUCAGCGUGGGUUCACUGGGAGAACUGGUACUGGCCAAGCCGUUGGACUACGAAAAGAUGACCAAGCACGAGUUCCAGGUGCAAGCCACCGAUGGGAUGACCAACAGCACAGCGGAACUCACACUGGAAGUGAUCGACGUGAACGAUUGGGAGCCACGUUUUCGUGAGACCCAUUACGAGUUCAUGGUGCCCAAAAGCCAGUCCCUGCAAUCCCGCGCCGACUCCUUCGAUGGCGUUCUGGUCGGGAAAGUGGAGGCGGCAGAUGGUGAUCGCAAUGACAAGCUAGAACUGUCCCUUCGAGGCCAGCACGCAGGACUCUUCGAGAUCGACUCCACCGGAAACAUCUUCAUGCGUCCGGAGCAACUGCAGAGCCUCAACGAGUCCACGGUUCACCUAAUAGCCAUAGCUACCGACACAGGAGUGCCGCCGAGAAGCACCUCCGUACCCGUGAGCGUGACUAUGGAGGGCCUAACGUUGGCCCGAUCCGGCUGGAAUAGCAAUAUGCUGGGCAUGUUCGGCAUGAUAGUAGGUCUCUUCCUGAUGAUCAUUGUGGCACUCAGCUGCUACAUUGUACGAUCCAAGAAGCAGGGAAAAAGUGCCUCCAGCGGCUUAGGUCUCGGCCGGAACAGGGUCCACAGCCAGGCCCACAGCAGCGUGUCCUCGGCGAAUCUAGUGACCCAUGAGAAGCUGGCUGGAACUCAGCUCGGAAACGGCGGCCACAACGGCGUCAACGUGACCAGCGGCGGGGUGUCUGUCCUCCACAUGAAACAUGGCGGCAAUAUAACCAUGGCCAAUCCCAUAAACAAUGGCCUGCAUCAUGUGGCUAGUGGAGCCAGUAGUAGCAUGGCCCUGGGAAGCUCUGCUGCGUUGCUGGAACGGGAGCGAGAAAGGGAACGAGAUAGAGAGCGCCAGCGGGAGAGCUAUGCGGCGACAGUGCGCAUCUUCUUGCCAGGCAUCGUGUCGCGCGCCUCCGCCAAUGGUCAGCUCUUCGAGGAAGAGGACGAGAUCGAGCACGACUCGCUGCAGACGGAGAACAACAACAGGAAGGUGGUGACCACCUGCAACGCUCCGGUGGCAAGUGGCGGGGUCACAACCAUCACCACCACCAAUAGCGGUUCGGUCAAUGGUACCUCCAACCUUCUGGCUGCCACCGAUGCCAUGGGCUCCUCGGAGAACAACUUGACGGUCUACUUCUAAUGCCCCCACAGAGGCAGGCUUGUUGUAAAUAUCGCUGCUAAGUCACUUAAGGAUUAAUUUUAAGCCCGCGCACAUGUAUUGUAAAUUGAGUAGACCAAAUAUAGGAUUGUAAACAGACCCAGCACACGAUUUUUAAGAUAGGAGUCCAGGUCCGAGCGAUUUCCAUUGUAAAGUUUCUGCUUCCCGGAUAAAAAUAAAGUUUACGUACCCUUCCAUGAAAAACGCA